AUGAUAAAUUUUAUGUUAUUAUUUAGUCGUCAAGGUAAAGUACGACUACAAAAGUGGUAUAGCUCUUAUACAGAAAAAGAAAAGAAGAAGUAUUUACGCGAAAUUAUUUCUCUUGUCUUUGCAAGGAAACCAAAAAUGUGUUCAUUUCUGGAAUGGCAAGACCUUAAAAUUGUGUACAGAAGGUAUGCUAGUCUGUAUUUCGUGUGCGCCAUCGAUCAAACAGAUAAUGAACUGAUCACAUUAGAGAUUAUUCAUCGUUACGUGGAAAUUUUAGAUAAAUAUUUUGGAAAUGUCUGUGAAUUGGACAUAAUCUUCCAUUUUGAAAAAGCAUAUUUUGUGUUGGAUGAAUAUUUACUAGCUGGUGAAGUGCAAGAGACAGGAGCCAAAGAAAUUCUUUCUGUGAUUGAUGCACAAGAUAUAAUACAAGAAGAUGAAGUCCCACAAAAACUUUUCGAAGAUCAAAGUCUCAAUUGA